CUAAUCGCCACCACUCCGCCUUACCCACCUCGACUCACGCCUCCAGCGUCGCAACCACCGACACCACUUUCGAAUCAUCGACCUUAUUUGCGCACUGUCUUGCCAUCCAAGCCUAAUUACACCGAACACAUCGCUGUCGGCGCUUCUCCUGUUGUAUCAUAUCGUGUGAUUCUACCACGCGAUACCUACCAGCAGAUAUGGCUCCUUCACAAGUUUCGGCCCUUGGUCUGGCCCUUAAUGGCAAGUCCGCCUACGUCGACAUUCCAAAGCCUCGCGAUGCCAUUCAUGGCCGGGACAACUUCACUGCUGUACCGGCCUCCACCGUCAAGAAACACUCGGGGAUGUUGCUUACUCCUCCAAACUCCAUCUCUCCCGACCUCAAACCGCAGGGUCGCCGCCGCAACAGUCGCCACCAGGGACCGCUUUCUCCCAAGAGCACGGCAGUGGAUUCGGACAUAGAUUUGCACGACGCUGCAGAUAAGCCGACCGCCCUGAGCGCCGAGGCUCUUGACAGUCUCGGUGAUCUGGACAGUGCAGGCGCUAUCACUCCGAACAUGCUGGCCAAGCACCACCUCCCAGAUAUCCUCUUGUCUCACGGUCCACUGGCCAUCCGACACAUCAUGGGGUAUCUGACGACUUCUGUGCCCGGCUUCUCGCGCAUUACCUCCGCCAAAGCCCGUCGCUUGGUCGUGGCCGCGCUCGAGGGCAAAGGAGCAGGUAUGGAGAUGGCUGGUCGCGAUGGCGAUGUCAUCUUUGAAAAGGUGGGCUGGGGCCGGUGGGAUGCUCGCAUCAAGGGGCAACCGCCGCGAGAACGUCAGGGCUCUGCCGUAACCCCUCCUGGCAGUUUACCUUCCUCCUACUCCCAGCCUGGCCUGCAGGUGCCCGGUCAGCCAACCUGGCGCACUGGAUCUCAAGAUCUCGGCACCAGCUACACCGGCAAUUCCGCCGUCUUCUCUCAUUCUGAAAUGGAUUAUGAAGACCAGGACAUGUUGGAGCACGAAGCCGAUAAGAUGUCAUUGGAUGGUGAUGACGAUGGCUACGUCUCGUCGAUCGCUCCGGAACCUCUAGACCAAGACCUCGGAGACGGUGAAGUGACCGAUGAAGAAGACUGGGGCAGCAUUGGCGCUGCGGCACUGCGCGCAAGGUCUCUCCCAAACAAUGGACGGUCAAUAUCUGGUCACGCACGUCUGUAUCAGCCCAUCGCCACGUUCUCGUACAAGUCAACUCAGAGGUCCAGGACUCCAGCAGACAUGGCCCAUACCGCGCCUACGAACCCAGCACUCAACAACCUGAACACUUUUUCAUUCGCAACUAACGCUGGCGUUAACAACUCUCAAGAACAAGCUGCAAUCGAAGCACUCUUGAGUCUUGGUUCUAUGUAAUAAUACUGUCAUCAAGUUGGUUCAACCCCUACUAUUGGUGUGAUUGAACAACCUGGGACGCAUACACACCGGCACGUUGGUGUGAUCCUCUUUCACGAGGAUGCACGGCACCCACAACUCCAUGGUUACAG